ACAAGCCUGCACAAUUAACUCUCAUUCCCUGCCCUUUGCAUGCUCCCUUUUCAUUACCUACACCUCCUCUUCUUCUGAAGACCCAUACUCGGUGAAGAAGGGGCAUCACGCCCUGACUCUGGGCGGGGGUCCCCGCUGAGACUCUGCAGGGUGCCACCAGGGGGCGCUAGCCUCGGCUCAAGCGCACACAGUGGCUCACAGGGGCUGUCCUGGGACCUGGCCCAGCAGCCCCGCCCCAGGGCGCGCGGGGAGAAUCUCAGCCUCCGGAUGUCCGGUACAGGAUCUCAGUGCAGAGAUUGGCAGCGGUGAGUCUCCGUCCUGGGGGCGCCUCUGAAGGAUUUCUCAUUUGACUCCUGCAGCCCCUAGCCAUGUGGCUGUACCUGGCAGUCCUGGUGGGCCUAUACUACCUCCUGCGCUGGUACCGGGAGAGGCAGGUGGUGAGCCACCUCCGAGACAAGUACGUCUUCAUCACGGGCUGUGACUCGGGCUUCGGAAACCUGCUGGCCAGGCAGCUGGACCUGCGAGGCUUGAGGGUGCUGGCCGCGUGUCUGACAGAGAAGGGGGCCGAGCAGCUGAGGGGCCGGACGUCAGACAGGUUGGAGACGGUGAUCCUGGAUGUCACCAAGACAGAGAGCAUCGCUGCAGCCACCCAGUGGGUGAAGGAGCGCACAGAGGACAGAGGGCUGUGGGGCCUGGUGAAUAACGCUGGCAUCUCCGUGCCCUUGACACCCAAUGAGUGGCUGACCAAACAGGACUUCAUGAAGAUCCUCGACGUGAACCUGUUGGGGAUGAUCGAGGUGACCCUGAGCCUGCUGCCGCUAGUGAGGAGGGCGCGGGGCCGCAUAGUCAACGUCUCCAGCGUCGUGGGCCGGGUGUCCCUCUUUGGUGGAGGCUACUGCAUCUCCAAGUAUGGCGUCGAGGCAUUCUCAGACUCCCUCAGGAGGGAGCUCUCCCACUUUGGGGUGAAGGUGGCUAUGAUCGAGCCAGGUUUCUUCAAGACCACUGUGACCAGUACUGAGAUGCUUUCUCGGGAGAUGCAGGAGGCAUGGGAUCGAGCCAGCCCAGAGGUCAAGGAGGUCUAUGGGGAGAAGUUCCUGGCAUCCAGCAUGAAAUCAAUUAAAUUGGUGGAGAAAAAGUGCACAGAAGAUCUGUCCUUGGUGACAGACUGCAUGGAACAUGCCCUGACCUCCUGCCACCCUCGCGCCCGAUACUCAGCUGGCUGGGACGCCAAGCUCUUCUACCUCCCCAUGAGCUACAUGCCCUCCCUCCUGCUGGACACCGUGAUCUACUGGAGCUGCCCAAGGCCCGCCAAGGCCCUGUAGCCCAAGACUGGGGUGCACGUUCUCCCUCUCCCACAGGAUAGAAAUGACCUGGUGGAGGUGAAGGCACCUCUCCACUGAAGAUGUCUGUGGACAGAGGUGGAGGUGUGGAGGGCGACCACCAGCCUGACCCAUCAGCCUCAGGUGCCAACUCACCAGGGAGACCUGUUGCCUGAGCCUGGGAUGGCUUCCUAGCCUUGGGAAGAAGAGCCUCCAUGGGUCCAUCGGAAAUCAGUAGGCAUAGUAAAUAAAGAGCUGCAUGUGAAGAUGCGUUAAUAUAUCGUUCUAAGUGUGAAAGAGAUCUUUACUGUCCAAAGAAAUGCCUGAAGGCUUCUAUUUCCCUUUAUUUGGAUGUAAUAUUUCAGCCAAUUUUCCAAAAUUUCUAACAUAUCCCAAUUUAAUCUAAGGUUACAAUAGAAGCAGCACAAAAACAAUUUUUGAUAUUUUAUUUAUUUAUUUAUUUUUAGUUUUUGGUAUUUUAUCUCCUCAUCUUUAUAGUCAAGACUCACUGCUUCUGAUCAUCAGUAUUUGUUGAGCAUUUACUUUGUACCAGGCACAAUAACAUGCAGAAAUCAUUUUUCCUUCUCUUGAGGAACUUAUAUCCUAAAAGAACAAAAAAUCUCUCUCUCGAUAUGGUAUAUCAGUUUGAUGUUUACUCAGCAAGUAUUCUAUAGGGUGAUAUUUUGUUAUAAUUUAGCCUCAUUAUGUUUUAGAGAGUCGAAGAAGAGGAAAGAUUUAAAAGCAGUCAAAGAGAGACCAUUCAGGAUAGGUAGAUGUGGUAGGCAGGAUAAUGGCCCUUCAAAGAUAUCCAUGUCCUAAUUUCUGGAAACUGUGAAUUUGUUACCUCACCUGGCAAAGGAGAAUUAAAAUUGCAGAUGGAGUUAAGAUUGCUAAUCAUUCGAUUUUGUAUAGGGAGAUUUACUGGCUCCUUUGCACGGGCCCAAGGUAAUCACAAGGGCCCUUGUAAUGAAAGAGGGAGGCAGGAGAGCAGGUCAGGGUGAUGUAAUGUGAGAAGGACUCAACCUGCCCUUGUCUUUAAAGAUAGAGGAAGGAGGCUGGAGACAAGGCUUGAGGGUAGCCUCUAGAACCUGGAAAAGGCAAGGGAAUGAAUUGUUCCCUGGGGCUCCAGAAAGGGACACAGCCUGGCAACCCCUUGAUGUUGGCCUAGUGAGGCCUGCGUCAGACUUCUGACCUAUAGUCCUGUAAGAUAAUAAAUAUGUAUUGUUUUAA